GAAGAAAAAAGAGAGAAAAGCAGACGCAUGUCGUCGCUUCGACCAACAGUGGUGGAAUGGCUUUGCCACACCUGAGCAGGCAAGUUACAUUUUGCAAGGACAUGGCAGAGGAACAGCUCCACCCUCCCCUCGUCGGUCCUGUUGACAACUGCUCAGAUUGCCCCGUCGGCAAGCUUCAUCCAAGUUCUGCUCCUCCGUCUUGCACUCAGGAAGAAAGAAGCAACGAAAGUGAUUCACCAUGAACUGGGGCUUCCUCCAGGGCCUCCUGAGCGGGGUGAACAAGUACUCCACUGCUUUCGGGCGAGUGUGGCUAUCCAUCGUGUUUGUCUUCAGGGUGCUGGUGUUCGUGGUAGCGGCCGAAAAGGUUUGGGGUGACGAGCAGAAGGAUUUCAAAUGCAACACCGCUCAGCCGGGUUGCCACAACGUCUGCUAUGACCACUUCUUCCCCGUGUCCCACGUGAGGCUGUGGGCCCUGCAGCUCAUCUUCGUCACCUGCCCCUCGUUCCUGGUGGUGAUGCAUGUGGCCUACCGGGAGGACCGCGAACGCAAGAACCGCCUCAAGUACGGCGAGAACUGCCGCCGCCUCUACCAGAACACGGGCAAGAAGCGCGGCGGUCUGUGGUGGACCUACGUCCUGACUCUGGUCUUUAAAGUCGGCGUGGACACCACCUUUGUCUACCUCCUUUACCAUAUCUACGAGGGCUACGACUUCCCCUCGCUCAUCAAGUGCGAACAGAAGCCGUGCCCCAACACGGUGGACUGCUUCAUCGCCCGGCCCACUGAGAAACGAAUCUUCACAAUCUUCAUGGUGGUCACCAGCCUGGCCUGCAUCUUUCUCUCUGUUUUGGAGAUUGUCUACUUGGUGGGCAAACGCUGCCGCGAGAUCUUCAGCGGUGUCUAUCAUCACUCUCACCACAUGGUGCCCACCAGUGGCAGCAAUUUGAUGGAAUCAAACGCUCUCAAGUUGCCCAAAAAGAACACGCCGGUCACACCUGCUCCGGCGUACAGCGUGGCCGUAUCUUGAAAUUAUGUUUUAUGUUGUUUUUUCUUUCAGGUAAAGACUUGACAAGGCAGGCACUUUUUUUAAUGACAUGAGAAAAUGAUCUUUACUGACUUCUCAUUGUCUGGAAAUUUGAGGUUCUUGCCCCAUAACGGCCCGUCAAAGUAGUCUUUUUUUUGUGACAUUUUGAGAGACAAAGCGAGAAAGUCACUUUUAUGUGAAGCGGGCUUUUGGACCAUACAUGAGUCAUUCUGUGAUUUGGAGAGUGUGGUCUCACACAGAUACACACACACACACACACACACACACACAUGGUUUCUGUGUAAGAUUUUCCUCUCUGAGCAGUGCCAAACCUCCAAAUGUUUUCAUUCAAAUUAUACAGUCUUUUCAAAUCGCACAUACACUGCAUCGACAAAACUCUUGAGACUCUCCUCUUCAUCCAGUUAAUUACAGACUGGGCCAGACUCUUUAGUACCCUCUGAAACUGCAUUUUUUGAAAUGAAUUAAGAAUUUAUGUUCUUCAAACACUGUGGGAGCAAAUAAAAACCACCUGAUUUUAGGAGAACUUGAAAGCCCUGAACUGGGGAUGAGCAUUUGACGACAUUUUCUGGAUCAGCUCGGGGGAAAAUGAACAAUCAUCUAACACGCAGGUGAAUGGGCAGAACGUUGGAUGAGGAGUUGUGACGUUUGGGGUUUGAAUCUAGUUUCCCCUGUUUUUGCGCGGGUCUUCUCCGUCUUCCUCCCAAAUUCCCAAAACACGUUUGACUCUAAAGGCCAUCGUUGUGAAUGUGAGCGUGAAUGCUUGUUUAUGUACAUAGUUUGUGCUGUGUGUGUAGCCUACAUCUAUCCCAGUCUGCUGGGGUUGACUCCACAUCUUUGAAUGUUCUGAACUCCUGCUUCCAUGCCAGUGUUGUCGUACUCAACUUCGCAAAGCUGAUCUAGUGUACGAGUGUAACGAGUUGAGACCAAAUCAAAUGCUGUUUGCAACCAAGUAGGGCACUCAGUUUUGCUUAAGUUGCGAUAAUUGAUCGCUAAAAAUCGCUUCCACACCGUUUUCCUAACGAUCAUUGAAUUGACUGUUAUGUAAAACCAUGACAGUAACUGCCAUCACAUAGAGACUAUGAGCCAAGCAUAAUUCCCAAACGAGUGGAAUCUGGAACAUCUUCAAUCCACUUUUUACUUGCGGUGUGGUCACGUCCCAAUACUUUUGUCCACAAUGCGUGUGUCGAUAUCAGCGCGUGUCCAUUUGCUUCCAUUGUUUUACACUGUGCAUGUAAUUUAUCACCACUGUAAAAGAUUCAAGUUGAUUGUUUUUACACUGUUAAGAUGUUCAGGAUGUAUAUUUGCAUUAAAUAGACUUGUUUUCCA